AGACAACGAGUAAAAGUAUGAAAGAAGAAUCUGACAAGUAUUGAGUAGUAGCCUGAGCAUGCCGCAAUUAGAAUGAUGAUUUGUUGAUGAAACACACUUGAAAUUUGAAUUUCGUGUACGAAUUUUGUUUUAGGUUUUAGUUGACGCACAUCUUCUUUGAAGAUGUGCUUUGCUGUCUUCAAUACCGAAAAUUUUCAGAAACAAAAGUCUACACUUUGAGUGGUUUUCAUACCAUAACGAAAGUAAGUACAUCUAAAUUGAAACAAGACAUCUAUCUUCCACACCUGAAUACCCAUGAAUGGCAAAGGCGUUAUCGCCUGACACCGGGCCUGGGUUUGACGUAUCUCCAUCUGGAACACGAGAUCGGAAGGCUUCCUCUUGACUACGCUCUCUUUUUCGAACUGCGCGACUACUCCCAAUAACAACCCCGCGGAACAGCGCCGACUUCGUUCCGUCGAGGCGGCGAGCACACUUACUAUCCUUCCUUCCGGAAUAUUAAAAAUCGAGCACGCGGCGGCUUUUCGGAGAUGUCGACAAACGCCUGCAAAAAUACUGCAAAAGAAGAACCACUCUCGAGCACGGCACGCCGAGGGAGCGAUGAAAUCACGGACGAAAGAAUGGGUUUCGUUGUAGACGAGCGACAUUUGGAACACGACACCAGCAUAGAUACAAUACCACACGGAGCAAAAACAAUGAAACGAUUCCAUAGGCAGAAAUUGAAGUAGCGAGAAGCGAAAGGUAAACUAAUCUUCCACUUGUACCACAAGGCGUGGCAGCAGCUGGCAUCUGAUAGAGCAGGAGUCACCAACGUCUCUUCGAUGGAGGUAGUUGAGGUUUUGGGUGAAGACGACGACGCGUGUGCGUUACUCGGGAGUCAAGUUGCCGAACAGAUCUGUGCGGCGGCCUUGCUAAACCACGAUGACGAUGUUUCGAAUCGAACUACAACUUCUACCCGCAGGAAAGAAGACCUCAAACCUUUGCCCGAAAUACCACCUCCAAGAUCAUCUGGCGUGAAUACUAAAACGAGAACUUCUUCGAAACUUGACCUCCUGCACAAGACCCCGAUAGCCACCUCGAAGACGAAACUAGUCCACCCCAAAACAACCUCCGGAGCGAGCCGGUUUGCCGCGAAGAUGGGUACGAUGAGUAAGCACGCAGUGUCCGCUGGUGCCGCGGCGAGUGGCGGAGGGUCGUCUUCCUCUGCCGCGAGUUUGAAAUCCACGAAAGUGAAAAAGUUUGUCCCACCGCCGGGGGAAAAUAACAAGCCAACCGUGGACGUAGGUCCAGCCGCUGCGAUUGCCACUCCGAGCAAGCCCGCAAAAGCGCCCGAUUUGUCGGUACUGCAUUUUUCGCCUUUUGUUCUUUUCAGAGGAACGAAGAACAGAAAAUGCAAAUGCGAAUGCAGUUGUUCAGGAUACUAGUGCUUUGGUUCUUCGUUGACAUGCUGCUUCUUUUUGGUCUAAAUCAAAAACGAAAAUACAGGGCCCCCCGGCCGUUCCCACGUACCUGCAGCAGCGCGCCGCCCAGACGCGGCAGAAAAAAGCCGCCACUGCGACGGCUGCAACCGGAUCCACGCACACGAACUACAGUUUUCCGGUGUGGCAGCCAAACGGGAGCCAAGCCUAUCACUAUGGCGACAUUGACAUGGCCACCGCGGUGUCGCCGCCGCAGGCCAUAACCGCGUUCGAUGCGACAGAGGACGACAAAUGGAUGACGGUGGAUCAUGCCACGCAGCUGCAUUACGUGUAUCCCCCGGGGGAUGUGUCUUAUCCUCUGUUGGUCUCUUAUCCAGCUGCAACCACGGUGGUACCAAAUACUGUUUUCCUUUUGACAGAUUUGCAAAAGUGUACUUGUUAAUACUCAAUCGAUGAAAGUAUACUAGGAACAAGAUGAAUGACGUUUAUAUCCCUCGAAGGAUGUUGCUUACGUCGAUGAGACUACAGAAAAGAGACACCGAAGCACACUACUAGCAGGUACCUGCUCCGACUACGCACCACCAGUGCAUGCUUUACGACCCGAACACGAUGAUGAUGUACCCGGUUUCGGCGGAGUCCGAGCUUUACGACGCGUCCGCGUACACGACGGGAGGUGCGGGGUACUACACGACGUACGAUAGUAACGCCUACCAGCUCCAGCAAGCCCUGCAGCACGCAGUAACCGCCCAGCAGCACGACGCGACAACUACCGGCGUGCCCAUUGCCGUGCCGCUUUCUGCCGUGCAGCAGCACCACGAUAUUUACAACACUAGUGCCGCGGCCGCGGCGGGGUUACUUGCGGCUAGUGGUGCAGCAGCUAGCGCGGGUUGUACUUCUAGCGCUUCAGCGGGCGCUGCCCCCAGCCACGUCGCGGUCGUUGCGGCUUCGCAGCUGCCGACCGCGGUGCUAGAGCAGCAAGGCACUAGUGCUCUUCAGGAAACUGACGACCAGUCUGUUUCCCCGCCCCCGCCGCCCGACUUUGAAGAUAUCAACUUUGACGAGAACGUAAACUACAACGAAGAUUGCUGCGAACCGGACAGUACCGAAGAACAGGAAGAGGACAUCACUGGAAGCGAUACGGAGGAGGAAUUGGAUUAUUUACAGGAAAAUCUUUAUGGCGGAAGCAACGGAAAAAUGAAUGUCAAUCGCGACUCCGGUCGGUACGGCAACGGGACGAUUGGUGCAAACAGUAAAAUCGGAGGCAAGUUGAAGAUCGCGUGCUCCACUACCACACCGCGGGGUGGGAUCAUGAAGGACACAACGACACCCCGGACGAAAUCUGGCCCCCGCGGCCGGCACGUUUCCUUUGGUCCGACCGAAAAGUGGGUCGUGAUGAGCGAUGGCAAAGACAGCUCGGCCGCGAAAAGGUAUACUAGUGCAGAAAGGAAAAAGGAGGAACUGAUGCUGAAAGCCGGCGGUUGGAAUUUACCUCCUGCUCCGGUCACGGCCGGGCAGCAUGGAGGUGGUGGCGGUCACGAGAAAGAAUACAACAAGGGGACGUCGACCAUGAAAGGAGCGCAGCAGGGGAAGCACAACCACUACGGGAAGUAUGCUGGUGCGGGAUCAUGUACAACGAUCGGAAAAGGCGGAAAGCACGAGAUGAAUACUUACGGAUCGACUUCAACUUCGGAGCAGUAUGGCGCGUCGUCGCAACGGCUUCCGCGCGACAAGAACGGCUCCGCAAAAGGCGGAAAUUCUAGUUACUACAACAGCGAACUGCAAUUUAUGCACAACUCUAGUACUUCGUCGUACGGUGCAGGAGCAGGUGGAGCAAGUUCCUCGGCUGCCGCGAGUGCUGCUUCCGCCAAGGGCGGGAGUUUGUCAAAGGCAGGCGCAGCUUGGGCAGCUGCGCAGAAAGGUACGGGUAAGGAUGGGAAGAACGGAAAACAAGUGAAUGCUGCUUCUUCCGACGGCGCAAGCAGCACAAGUGGCGGUCACGCGUAUAAUGCGGGUUAUGAGCAGGUCAAAGCAAAAGGUGGUGGCAAGGGCUCCGCCGCUUAUGCUGUCGAGUCGAGCAAGGGAGAAGGCGCAGGAGGUGCAGCAGUAGUGCAGCAUAGCAAGAUGCAGCACUUGAAAAGUUCACCGGUUUCCUCGUCUGGAGAGCAAGAGGAGUGGAGUUAUUCCACUUCCUCUUCCGCAACGAGCUCUGGAACUGCGUCUGGCGGUGGGAAAAAUAAUGGUGAUUACUACUACAUGCACGGCACGAAUAAAGCUGCGUAUAGCGGUCACGGCGCAGGGAAGCACGGAUUGAGCAAUUGUUGGAGCGGUAAAGGAGGUAAAGGAGGCGGUGCUGGAAGUAGUGCGUACAACACAGGAGCUCCUAGUGCAGCGGAAACGAAAGGAAGUCAGUACAAUCACCACCACAAUGCGUCGAAAGACGGCGUAGCAGCAACCACGCCAGGCACAACUUCUAGAGGAGCCAUGAUGGCAGGGGCGAUAAAUAAAGGAUCUGCAGCCACAUCUUAUCAUGGCUACGAACAGUAUAAUAAUCACGGACAACUCGUGCAAGGAACAACAUCAAAAGGCACAACAAGCAGAGAAAAGUGGCACGAGUCUUCUACUUGGCAAGAUUACGGAAAAGGUAGCAAGGCCUCAGGAGAGCGGUCUUCUUCGGAGCAGUGGCACGCAUACGCAGGGUCCUCGAAACAACAUCACAGCAAUGCGUCUUCGCCUGACGACGACUACGAAUACGAAAGUCACAACGGUGCUGCGUCCGCCGCAUCUGCAAAUAAAGCGGUCGCGGCUUCCGAGCACGGCAAGGACAGCGGGGCAGUAGUUUACGGGGCCGGAAAAAGAAAUCACGACGUCACCGGUGUUGACAAGGAUGCUGCUGCUGGUUCGCAACAACAAUCAUGGGUGUACCAUGCUGGUAAAGACAGCACGGGAAAAGACUACUACUGGCAGUCGAAGCAGGCGCUCUUGCAGAAGUCGAGCAAGGGUAGUUGUACUUCCAACAUAAUGUCAGCGCACAAGGGAGAAGGUGCAGCUGCGAAAGGAGAGCUGCACGCCGGUAAGCAGGGCUACAACUCUUGGGGAAAGUCAAGCACCAUGAUGAACGGUGGCAGCUUGAACGCGAAAACGUACGGCAGCAUGAACAACGGUUAUCAUCAGGCUUUGCUCGAUCAAUCCCAGCAGCAGCAGCAGCAUCCGCAACACCAGCAGCGGCCUUACUACAAAAACAGCAACGCCCCGGUGCAGCUCCCGGUGCGGCCGGGGACCAAGGGUCUACCGCCAGCCCUGCAGCGUUUGACGGCGAACGACGUGGCUUUGCUGCAGUUUAUUCACAAUUGCCAGCAAUUCAGUGGCGACACCGCAGAGGAGGAUAAUCCGAUCAUCGAGGUUGUUGACGAAGAAGAAGCUUCCACGUCAACGUCGACAAACGCGAAUGCGGCGGCCAACAGUGCGGAAAUCGCGCCUGGCGAGGUGGAGGAUAGUACGUCGAUCGAGAAGAAGGGCGAGGAGAAAUCGAAAAAAUCAGAUACAUCAUCGACCACCUCUCCGCACGAGUCAGGAAGCAAGAAAACAAACUCGAAAGAAGCUGCUGGGGCGACCAGUACUUCUAAAGGUGGGGUUGCUGCUCCUGUGUCGAAAAAAGCAAAGGACGAAGCCGGGGGUUCGGAUGCUGCAAAGAAUAAAGCAACAACGUCGACCUCUACGAGUUCGGGCAAAGAAAAGAAAACAGCAGAGGUGAAAAAGGCGCAAGAGGUAAUACUAAUAUCUGACGCGUCCGUGUCAGAUCAUAUGGGUGAGGCAAGCAGCGACGAAGCGCCUUCCAGUCUCCAAAAGGGAGAAGACAAAACUGACGAAGCGUCGCCAAAGACGGAGGGUGGUGAAAGCGAAGAGACGAACCAACAGAAGACUUGUAGUUCUAAAGCUGCAAGAGCCAAAAAUCAGUUCGUUCCCGUGGACAUAAAAGAUGAAGCAGAAAAGAUUUUGACCGAUGAUCCGCUAACGGGCGCGGAGGCCACUUCGUCGUCUACCCUCUCGUCUGCGUCGACAGACGAGGGGACCACGGCGGCGAGCGAGGAAAAUUCCAUUUCCGUAAUUGCUAAAGGAAGUGGCGAAAUAAAGCAGGAGAAAACUACUGUUGAAGUAUGCGGCUCUGCAGCGACUACGUCUCCGGGGAAGAUGAAAAACAAGGCCUCGCCGCACAAGAAACCUACCACCGAGGAGGAGGACGGGUGGGCGGAGGUCCGCUCCAAGCGCAGUAAGAAGAAAGGCAAAGGUGGAUCGAAGACUAGCACACCCGCGUCUCUGACCCCAGUCGCCAGCGACGCUACAGGGCGGAAGAGUGUCGAACUGCCACCGACUAUUGCUACUUGCGAGAUGAACAAAAAACGGGCGUCUUCCGCACUGGAUUGCAGCGUCCUCGAGCCGCUCGACAAUGUUUCCAGCGGGAAGAAGAAGGAAGGCAAAAGCAAGGCUAGUUUCAGUUGUAACGCUGGGACAUCAGGGAGCGGCCUUUCGACGAGACAAGGGACGAACACAACUUCUCGCGCAGCUGUGGCCAGCGGCAAGGGUAGCUCGGUUUCCGAAGGCGAGUGUGCUUCGGGGAUGCUGGGAAAGAAUAAAGCGUCCGGUAACAACUACGCCAGCAAAAACGGAUCCUUCAGCAAUGUUGCUAGAACAACUAAUGCGACAAGUCACAGCACCUUUCGUAGUAGUACACGCGGAGCAGGGGCGCCCGCGUUUGGUUCCAAGUAUGGCGGCGUCCCGCCCGUACCCUUUUCCACCACUACGGCAUCGUCCAUGUUUUCUUCGCAUCAAAGUAAGAACUCCAGCGUGCGCCGCGGGAGUCUGGGAUCUCGGACCGCCGCACCCUUCGUCUUCUACCAGGAGCACGACGACCAACUUACACCUUCGUCGGAGGAGGAAGUGGUGUUUGAUUUCUCGCUCUACCCGGACUUCACCGCCGGGACGACGAGCUCAGCACUGGGGGAGAAUAAAGGCGAUGAGAUGUUGUCGGGAGAUGAUGGGAAGGAAGGCAACAUCAAAAAACCAGCUGGGCCAACUGGAAUCGAAGACCUGCGGAAAGUGCCGGUGGGAAGCUGCUGGGACGAGCUCUGCAGCAGCAGGAGUUAUCAAGCGCAAAAAUGUCUGGGUCUGGAAGGUGGUAACUUGUGAUGCUGUCUUUUUUUUCCAAAAAAACCUGCAUUGCAUGACUAGCAAAAGGAGUCCAGUUUGUGCUACACAGGGAGGGCAUUUCUCAUGCGGAAUAAGCAUCAGGAAGCCUUCCAAAAAUCUGGAAUGCUAGGGCAUGCAUUACAGGCGUCAUUGGUCAUGCAAGAUAUGCAGGACAAACCUGGCAAUCUCUCAGACCCAGACAUUUUUGCAUUUGAUAGGAGUCCCUCCGAGACGAAGCACAGCGAGGAAGGAGAGAAGAAAGACUCGCCAACGGAAGAUGAAAAGGUUGAAAGCGGCGCAAAGAGCAAAGAGCAUAAUUCAGCGAAGGUAGUCGAAGUUGAAAAAUUUCUGGCCUCCGUCGACAAUGGAACGAGAUUGUCUCCGACCGCGUUGCGUGCGAGCAAUAGCACGAGCGCAAGCACUGCAGUACAGACGCCGCUUCUGCUCUCGGACUUGAAGGAAAAAAAAGAAGGAAGUGUGGUCGAUGCGAAGGCACAACUGGAUGAAAAAGAGGACAAGGAUGCAGCGACCUCUACAACACCGGCCAGAAAAAUAAAUGGUGAACGAGGCGCCAGCGCAUCAGCGGCGCUAGAUGUUGAGAAUCGCGCCGAAGAAGUUUCCCUCGACAGUUUGAUCAAUCGGGAUCGUGUGGAAAGUUUGCUGCGGGGGGACCAGUCUGGGUUUGCGACUCCCGUGUCCAAUAGUCCUCCUCUUUCCGAUGAGUAUUUCGAGUUCGAUGACUCGGAACGGACGGAGGGGCAGACGGGCUGCUCCAACAGGUGCGCCGGUGGAACCGACAUCACCUUGAGCAGAGAAGCCACUCCGAAAGUCGCAGACGGGUCGUUGUGUGUCGCUUCACCGGUGGUCCGUAAAGACGGAAAGGAUGACGAUCAGAAAACAGAUGCUGCAGCAGAAGUACUAGGUCCACAUGCAGAUGAUGGGCAGCACCCUGUUGAAGAAGUACAACAAGGGGACGAGAAGAAAGCACCCGUGGUCGUCGAUGAAGCCGCCACUCCUUUGGUAAAUUUGGCAGCAAAGGAAGUAGGGUCUGAGCCGCAAGAAAAGAAAGCCCACAAACUGGAGAAACCGGACGUGAGAGUGAUCAAGGAAGAACAAAACGGAUCCAGUUCUGAGUCCGUUGCCCCAGCAGGAGACAAGCAGGAGGCUUCGAAUGGCGGCGUCGCUACACAAGAAAACUCCAGCGAGGAGAAAGACGCGGAGGUUUCCGCCUGGGAUCAGUUAGAGCGCGGUCAGAUUUUGGAGGACUGCGUCCUGCCAGAAGUAUAUUGUGCGAUCAUUAUGUUUAUGUUGUUCGUCAUUGAUCACGUACUACGCGUGUCACAUCAAUCCGUGCAAAGUGUUCAAAAAUCUGUCUGCACCGCGACCACCAGCUUCCCAAUUUCGACAUUAUCAUAUCUGCAUGUCACGCAUAAGACAGAUGAAAAACUUGUCGCUCUCAACAGGUGAAAAACGUGCCUGAUGUUCAUUGCGUCCAGGGUUUGGUUCCCGAUAUCCGUGGAGACAAGUUCACCAAGAAGGCCACACAAGAUCGCAAUUGUGAGUUGCCCUUUGCCGAGCAAUUGCGUCUGUACCUCGACGUGGCACGGUCUAUGUUUCAUGUCGACAAUGCAGAAACGGUACUUUUUUUUUGUGAGUUAAGUAUGUUUGUACACAAAAAAUGCAUAAUCAAUGUGUUCCUUUCGCAGAAGGAGUAAGUGAGCACUUUACGAAAAUUGGAAUUGUGAAAUGGAAAUCAAUGUUCCAAACACCACGUCGAAAACAGGUGUUGCUUGGGCCGCGUCUCGAAGCAAUCCUCGACUUCAAGCCGGCCAUUGAGGAUCAGGUGAUGCAUCGGCUGCUUUCGUGGGCGGCGCCACUCUUCCGUGCGGGUGAGCUAUUGGCGCGACACAAUUGCACCGUGCCACAGUGGACGGACGCACCGCUGAAGUGCAUCAACAACGACCUGCGCGUGCACUUGGAGGUGCAAAAUCAGAGUUUUUUGAAGCGGGAUCGCAGCUUGAUGCGGCAGGCGGUCGAUUGCUUGGAAGACGAGCCGGUAGCGAAGUUCGAAUCUUGGUGCGAAACCACGCUUGGAAUGCAAGCGUUUCGCUGUGUGCAGGUACCAAUAAUUCGUAAUUUUUUCGUGAACAUAUUGGUAGUUUAAGUUUUCCAUGUCAUAGAUAGAAGUUGACGCCGGCUGAAGAAAAUCGAACACGAUGAUCCUGAAAGCAUGACUCAAGCUUAAUCUUCUUCCAUCCAGGUAUUGCAAAAAGCCGGGCUGGUGCUGAAGGGCAACCCGAAGGCGCACGAGAUUUUGCAGGUGCAGCGCGACAUGGACCGUGUCGCGAUGGAGAAGGGAGUAUGGAUUGUAAAAAUGUCUGGGUCUGGAAGAAUGUAACUUGUCAUGCUAAAUCUGAAUCAUGUAAAAAUCUGUGCUGCAUGAUUACCACAAGCUGUCCACUUUUGACCUAGUCGAGAGGCAGUUUCGGAUGCAGGAUAGGCAUGAUAGAACUCUCACGGAAUCUGUCAUGCUCUGUGCUACAUACCAGACCUCAGGGGUCAUGGAAAAUAUGCAUGACAAACCCGGCAAUAUUCCAGACCCAGACAUUUUUGCAUUUGAUAGGGAGCGAAGGCGGAGGAGGAGUGCGAGCAGGCCUUCCGAUUAUCAAAUGCAAAUAUGUCUGGGUCUGGAAAGUUGGAACUUGUAAUGCUAGCUUUCCAUACCUAGGAAAUCUGUAUUGCAUAACCAAUAAAAGUCGCGGCCUCUUUUGUACAUGCAAAAACGCAGUUUCUCAUGCGGAUUGCCUAUGAGAAAGCGUUCUGGAAAGUUGUCAUGCUGGGCUGCAUUCGAAAGUGUUUCCAUCAUCCACAUUUUAGCAUCACAAGUUUCCGGACCCAGACAUAUUUGCAAUGCAUACCGAUACGCGCUGGACUACAAGAAAACCACAAAGAACUUUGUCACACAGCCGGAGCUUCUGGAGGUCCAGGCGCUCAUUUUCGGGCGCGUGGUGCUGCCGACCCCGGAUUUUCUUUUUCUCGAACCGCUGCAAUUCUUCGCACACGCGGCCGAAGAUGAUGCUACGACAAAGAAUUCCGCGACAGACAGUUGUGCAGCUUCCUCCAGUUGUACUUCUACCCCAACAAGCUCUACUGGUGCCGCGUUCUCGUCGUCCAAAGUCGUGGGGGUGUCCUGGUUUGACAGUAAGGCGGAGUGUGUGGCGCCUGGGAUUGCGCUCCCGCAAAUUGUACACCGACUGGAGGCGCAGUUUGACAACUACGUGCGUUGCUUCGGCCCCGGGGUGGUGAUCUGGGGAAACGGGUUCACGCCUAACUGGUCCUACCGCUCGACAAACAUUUUGCACGCAAAGCUGAAAAACAUAGACUUCGAGCCCAAGGAGGGGAAAUAGGACACGAAUGAACGUGGAGCGCGGGUGGGAGUCAAAUAAAGUUCCACCUGCUUGGUCAUGAUCAUUGAUUUGAGUGGUAGAGGUAGUUGUAAAUCUGAGGUGCUGGCGUACGUGUGGUGAUACUAUCCACGAUCAGGGCGUUGGGUCACAGCCGCCCGGAUUCGAGAAGCUCAUGUCGCAAAAUUCUGUUUCUAAUUUGUUAAGAGACCACCGAAUAGGUCGACUUAUCUGAAUGAGUCAAUGCAUGCUGAUUGGGACUUCCGUAAAGUUCCCGGUGAACAUGUAUUGAGUUUACAAAACCCCAAUAUCUUUUUGCUAGUUCUUUUCAAACAGUACCAAAAAUGUAGUUUGUAUUCAUCUUGUACGGAACCAAAAACACGUAAAUAAUUCUACAAGAGCUUUUGCUUCUCUACUCGAAGAAAAUAUUGUAUCAAAUUUCAGCACUCCAAACAAUCAAAAUUCUUUGAUACUACGUUUGUUAAGCUGUUCGGUCAGCUAACUUUGUUUUUAUUGGUUUUAGCACCACUGUAAAUUCCCCUUCUUGAGACCUAUUUGCCGCCGUUUCAGGCCAAAAUUUACUACGCAAAAACGCUCAGCAACGAUGUUGCUCGCACAUCUAGCAUUAGGACAACUGCUCGCGACCUCGGGCGAAAAUAAAUCCCAGACAAAAAAAGCGGAACCAAAACGUAGAUAAAAAUCUUCCCGGAUCACAGUUUUUAUUCCCUUUUCUGCACGAUUGGAUAUUGAUGAACAAUUUACAGUAGCUUUACAAACAUUUGCCGUUUUUAAAGUUAUGACUUGAGCGGGCUUUCGGAAAAAUUACUUCUACAAACUUUGGAGCUAUCCUAUUUGCUAGUCGAACUCGUUAAAGCCAGUAUCAAAAAUCUUUUCAUCAAACCAGUAUUCAAGAGUGAUGAGAACGGAAAAACUACAAACCGAAAAACUAUGCUUAGUUUGUAUCGUGCAUUUGAAACAACUAUGCAAUCACAUUCUUUGAAAAUCUUCACCGCAGCCGACCUGAUUGUUGCAAGCGUCUUGCCAACAUCUUGCGCAGCAGCCAGGGGCUGUUUUUCACAACUAUCGAUCACUAGACAUCAACGCAUCCUACCCAAGAAAGAAACAGCCUACCGCUAAUAUGAAACCGUGUCUGCGGUAGCGGUUUCGAAGUGAAGCUCUACCACGGAAACAGCGAAGUUGCAUCUGCGAUUCCUCGAUUCAUGCCUGUAAUGAAUCGAUACAUCGUGCUGGUGCUCCGUCUUGCCUUCGAACGAUUUUAAUGCUCGGAUAACUUCAAAAAGAAAAAUAGCACCACACUAGCGCUACGCCUGACUAUUUACCAAGCCGAGGUGGCUGGUCGGCAGAAAAGAACGACAGGGACAUAUAUGAAUAAAAUGCAGGUCGGACACUGUGGAGAAGGUCCGUCGGAGAAACCAGGAGCUGUGUUGGACUGUUGGAGAUUAUGAAAACUGUACUCAUAGCCUUAUGAAGAGUCCUGUUACUUACGCGAUCCCUGACGGUUAGAAGGAAAUAGAUUUUGCUCUGUUCAAU